AUAGGCGAACUGACUUCCGCAAAGUUAUCAUGUAAUUCAGGACAAGCCUGUCCAGUCCCCACCUCGAGAACCCAUGGGGGGAGUGGGCUGAAGGCCAAGUCCCCACCCGGUUUUAUUGCACAAGUAGAGCAGUGAGUAUGAUAAAUAAAAGACGCGCUAAAUGAUUUGGGAUUAUGCGGCAUAUUUACAGCGCUUUUUUGUAGUUAUCUCAGGAGGAAGGCGUCGUUGCGGUCUUUACUUCUGUUUUGUUUAUCUUUCACUUGAACUGCGCAUUUUCGAACUUUUCACACAGAGAGAAGCAGAAGGACAGACCAGUCAUCAGCCAUGGCGUCUCUCAGCAGCUCUAACACAGCCUUUGCCUUGGAGCUGUACCGCACUCUGGGUCAGACCAACACAGGGAAUAUCUUCAUCUCCCCAUUCAGUAUCAGCUCAGCUCUGGCCAUGGUCUACCUGGGGGCUAAAAGAGACACAGCCUCUCAGAUGGCAAAGGCUCUGUCAUUCAACUUCACCAAAGACAUUCACACAGAGUUCCAGACACUCAAUGCAGAUAUCAACUCUCCCUCUGCAACUUACAUCCUGAAACUGGCCAACCGUCUGUAUGGAGAGAAGACCUGCAACUUCCUGACCGAGUUCUUAGAAUCCACCCAGAAGUUCUACCGUGCAGACAUGAAGGCAGUGGACUUCCUCAGAGCAGCAGAGGAGACCAGAGGACAGAUCAACAGCUGGGUGGAGCAGCAGACAGAAAAUAAAAUCAAAGAUCUGCUGAAGCAGGGGACAGUCAGUGGUAUGACAAGGCUGGCUCUAGUCAAUGCCAUCUACUUCAAAGGAAACUGGCUGAACAGAUUUGACCAGAAAGACACCAAAGAGAUGACCUUCAAACUAAACCAGAGUGAGAGCAAGCCAGUUCAGAUGAUGCACCAGAUAAAGAAGUUCCCCUUUAACUACGUCCCAGACUAUAACCUCCAGAUCGUGGAGCUUCCCUAUGUGGACGAGGAGCUCAGUAUGUUUGUCCUGCUGCCUGAGGAGGCCACUGACGGAUCUAAUCCUCUAGUGAAGCUGGAGAGCGAGCUGACCAUGGAGAAACUGGAUGAGUGGACCACCAGGUCCAACAUGGACACGGGCACAGACAUCAUAGUUCAUCUGCCCAAGUUCAAACUGGAGGAGGACUACGAGCUGAAUGAUCCCCUGGUCCAGAUGGGCAUGAAGGAUGUGUUCGUCGGGGGCAUGGCCGACCUGUCUGGGAUGAAUGGGAAGGGGGGGCUCUUCCUGUCUACGGUGGCCCAUAAGGCUUUUGUGGAGGUGAAUGAGGAGGGGACGGAGGCUGCAGCCGCCACUGCUGGGAUGAUAGCGUUCUGUAUGUUCCGAGAGGAACACUUCAUGGCUGACCACCCCUUCCUCUUCUUCAUCAGGCACAAUAAGACCAAAAGCAUCCUCUUCCUUGGGAGGUUCUCCUCUCCUCAGUAGAAUAAUAGUUAAAACGUGUAGAGGGGAUUUAACAUAAUUUACAACAUUUAUUUGACAGGGACAUUUAACAUCAACAUUUCUGUAAAUGUGCCAGAUUUAGCCAGCUAGCUAGUAGCUAGUUCCAUCAGCACUUGAUUUAAUCCACUAUAAAACCAAAUAAAGGAAAAUGUCUAAGUUACUUGUCUGUUUGGACAGUAUCAUUGUGUGCGACCUUAGUUCCCUUCAACAUUGUUAUGAUUCUGAGAUUCAACUAACAAAGUGGUCACCACCCUACUUUUUUUUUCUUUCGGCGGGGGGGUUUAAACAGCUGAUAGUAGGGUCUGGAGAAAUGUAGUAAAGUAAGUAGCCUUGCACAAGCCUUGACUUCCGGCUCACAGGAUCAUGAGCCUAUCUCCUGUUUCUGUAGCAUGAGGCAGCUUGAUGUACAAGUCCCCCCACUGGACCGGACCAAUGAUGUGUAUAAACCCUGGAUUGCUGAUGCUGUGUAUUGGCCAAUGAGAGGCUUUGAAGCCCCGGUUGGCCAUAUUGACACUCCUCAGAAGAAGCAGUUACAUUAAAUCUUGUCUUUGAAACAUUUAAA